CUGUGAUUGCCACUUAAAAUGGUUGUCUGACUGGAUACAGGAGAAGCCAGGAAUAUAUUCGAAAGGCCCAGAAUAGUUGGAGGAAAAGCAGCAAGUUUUACUGUUCCAGCUAACUCAGAUGCCUUUCUUCCUUGUGAGGCUGUUGGGACUCCCCUCCCCACCAUCCACUGGACCAGAGUCUCAUCAGGACUUGAUUUGUCUAAAAGGAAAGAGAACAGCAGGUUCCAGGUGCUCCCCAAUGGCACCCUGGCCAUACAGGAGGUGGACAUUCAGGACCGUGGACAGUACCUGUGCUCUGCUUCCAAUCCCCUGGGCACAGACCACCUUCACGUCACCUUGUCUGUGGUUUCCUAUCCUCCCAGGAUCCUGGAGAGACGUAACAAAGAGAUCACAGUCCAUUCUGGAGGCACUGUAGAAUUGAAGUGCAGUGCUGAAGGUAGUCCAAGCCCUAUGAUUUACUGGAUUCUCGCAAACCAAACAGUGGUCUCAGAAUCCUCUGAGGGGAAAAGGCAGGCCCUAGUGAAAUCUGACGGAACGCUGGUCAUCCACAGUCUCAGCAUCUAUGACAGGGGCUUUUACAAAUGCAUGGCCAACAACUCAGCUGGCCAGGACUCACUGCUGGUUAGACUUCAAGUCAUUGCAGCCCCACCUGUCAUUCUAGAGCAAAAGAGGCAAGUCAUUGCAGGGAUGUGGGGUGAAAGUUUGAAACUGCCUUGUACUGCAAAAGGAACUCCUCAGCCUAGUGUCCACUGGGUCCUCACUGAUGGCACCAAAGUGACACCAUUACAGUUGAUCAAUUCCAAGUUGUUCUUAUUUUCAAAUGGGACACUGCAUGUAAGAAAUGUAGCUUCUUCAGACAGAGGCACUUAUGAAUGUAUUGCUACCAGCUCCACUGGCUCAGAGAGAAGGGUGGUAAUUCUUACAGUAGAAGAGCAAGAGACCAUCCCCAGGAUAGAAUCUGCAUCCCAGAAGUGGACUGAGGUGAAUUUUGGGGACAAAUUACUACUGAACUGCUCAGCCAUUGGGGAACCCAAGCCCAAAAUAAUCUGGAGGUUACCAUCCAAGGCUGUCGUCGACCAGUGGCACAGAAUGGGCAGCCGGAUCCAUGUCUACCCAAACGGAUCCCUGUUUAUUGGAUCAAUAACAGAAAAAGAUGGUGGUGACUACUUGUGUGUGGCAAGAAACAAGCUGGGAGAUGAUCUGAUACUGAUGCAUGUCAGUCUAAGACUGAAACCUGCCAAAAUUGACCAUAAGCAACAUUUUAAAAAGCAAGUGUUUCAUGGAAAAGAUUUCCAAGUUGAUUGCAAGGCUUCUGGCUCACCAAUACCUGAGAUAUCCUGGAGUUUGCCUGAUGGAACAAUGAUAAACAAUGCAAUGCAAGCAGAUGACAGUGGCCACAGGACCAGGAGGUAUACCCUUUUUGACAACGGAACCCUAUACUUCAACAAAGUCGGGAUAGCAGAGGAAGGAGAUUAUACUUGCUAUGCCCAGAACACUCUAGGGAAGGAUGAAAUGAAGGUCCACCUAACGGUAGUAACAGCUGCCCCACGGAUCAGGCAGGGUUACAAGACCAACUCAAGAAUCAAGGCUGGAGACACAGCAGUCCUUGACUGUGAGGUCAUUGGCGAACCCAGACCAAAAAUAUUUUGGCUGCUGCCUUCCAGGGACAUGAUUUCAUUCUCUAAGGAUAGGUACACUUUUCAUGCCAAUGGGUCUUUGUCCAUCAGCAAAGUGAAACUGCUCGAUUCCGGAGAGUACGUGUGCGUGGCCCGGAAUCCCAGUGGGGAUGACACAAAAAUGUACAAACUGGACAUUGUCUCCCAACCUCCAUUAAUCAAUGGUCUAUAUACAAACAAAACGGUCAUUAAAGCCACCGCUGUGAGGCAUUCCAAAAGACUCUUUGACUGCCGAGCUGAGGGAUCGCCGUCUCCCCAAAUCAUGUGGAUCAUGCCAGACAAUAUUUUCCUCACAGCCCCAUACUACGGAAGCAGAAUCACGGUCUAUGGGAAUGGAACCUUGGAAAUUAGGAAUGUGAGGCUUUCAGAUUCAGCCGAUUUUAUCUGUGUGGCUCGGAAUGAAGGAGGAGAGAGCAUGCUGGUGGUACAGUUAGAAGUGCUGGAAAUGCUGAGAAGACCAACAUUCAGAUAUCCAUUCAAUGAAAAAGUAGUUGCCCAGAUUGGAAAGCCCACAGUACUGAAUUGCUCUGUGGAUGGAAAUCCGCCACCUGAAAUGAUCUGGAUUUUGCCAAAUGGCACACAAUUUCCCAAUGAACCACAAAAUUCUCAGUACUUGAUAGCAAGCAAUGGUUCUUUUAUCAUUUACAAAACAACUCGGGGUGACGCAGGAAAGUAUCGGUGUGCUGCCAGAAAUAAAGUUGGCUAUAUUGAGAAACUAAUUGUACUAGGAAUUGGCCAGAAGCCAGUUAUUCUUACUUAUGCAGUAGGAAUAGUUUACUGUAUCAGUGGAGACUCUCUUUCACUGCACUGUGUGUCUGAUGGAAGCCCUAAGCCAAAUAUCAAAUGGACUGUACCUAGUGGUUAUGUAAUAGAUAGGCCCCAAAGUAAUGGAAAAUAUACAUUGCAUGAAAAUGGCACCUUAGUCAUCAAAGAAGCAACAGCUUAUGACAGGGGAAACUACAUUUGUAAGGCUCAAAAUAGUGUUGGCCAUGCACUGAUUACUGUGCCAGUAAUGGUUGUAGCCUACCCUCCCCGUAUUACAAAUCGCCCACCCAGGAGCAUCCUCACAAGAACAGGAGCAGUCGUUCAGCUCCAGUGUGUGGCCCUGGGAGUCCCCAAGCCAGAAAUCACAUGGGAGAUGCCUGACCACUCCCUGCUGUCAAGGGCAUAUAAAGGGAGGGCCCAUGGAAUUGAGCCUCCGCACCCACAAGGUACCCUAGUCAUUCAGAAUCCACAAACCUCAGAUUCUGGAGUGUACAAAUGCACAGCAAAGAAUCCGCUGGGUAGUGAUUAUGCAACAACUCAUAUUCAAGUAAUCUGACAUGAAAUAAAAUUAGUUGAACAAAGCCAACAUCUGGACAGAGUUUAUUUUUUGGAAGAAGUUUAAUCAAAGGCAGCCAUAGGCAUGUAAAUGAAUGAGUACAUUUACAAUAUUAAAUUUAUAAUGGACAUGCAAAAAAAAAAGAUUUGUAAAUAAUGCAUUAUGAACUGAUACUGAUUUCUUUAAUGGAUCUCAAAACAAACUUUUAACUUAAGGCACUUUUAUUUUGCCAAGAGAUAACAAUGUACAUCAAAAGAACUUUCCACCAUAAAGUAAGAAAUGGUCAAUGUACCUGAAUUCUUCAUUAAAGAAUGGACUUUUUUCUUUCACUACCAGUUGCCUAGUGUCCACCUUCUAUCAAAGUUACAAGCAUGGCACUAAGAACAGAGACAAUGGAAAGUAUUAAAUUUGCAGUCUCGAUGUAAAUUUAUCAUUUUGAUGUAUAAAUAUUUGUGUGGUUGGUUUUUAAGUAUUUUAUUAAACCCUAGAGAAAGUAAGAGCUGAACUGUUUUGAUCAUGAGUCACAUUUUGUGCAUACUGAGCAUUGUCAUUGAUGGGGAAUACAAAAAUGUCUUAGUAACUGCAUUUAAAAAUAAAUGCAGGCUAACUUUUCCAUAUGUAAAAAAAAAAUGAACAACUGCACAUACUAAAAUGUGAAAAGGGGUUGAUUAUACCUUUGUCCAAAUAAACCAAUUAAAAAGGUUUAAAAAGACAAUGAAACUUCUUUAAAACUUCAAAAUCUAGCUCAGUUAAGCCUGGUUUGGAGCUGUUUUGUAAGAAAAAUUUUCCAAGGAGGAACCAUUGCUUUAUGAACAUUUUAUUUCAUUAAGUGGUAAUCCUUUAUGGGACUGGAAAAUGUUUGGGAAAAUCCAGAUAAUGCACAUAAUGAAGUUUCAUUGUACUUAAAAUUUGAUCAACCCUACACAAAAUGCUUUUUGUAAUUCACUCUAUUUAUUUAUAUUGCAUGCUUAAUUCAACCUGCAUCAAUUUGGGGGACACUAAGAUUCAUUCUUUCUAAUUCUAGAGGCUGGGAUUUCCCAGCGAAAUUUCUCCAACAUCUUUUCAAUUAUUUACCUGUUAUAUAAGGAUUAUAUAGGAGCCUUAGUAAGUGAGAAAGAAAAAGAAAAGGCCCUUGGGUCUUGCUCAGAUAUCAGCACAUAAAACUGAGAGCCAUAUUAGCCCCUGCCGAUCACUUGAGACCGAGGGAGCUCACUACAUCGUGUUUUCAGUGCACCAACUUUCAGCAGGCACCACUUUAAGAGAUGACCCAACUGCUGCGGUCUCUGAUGUUGGUGCCCUGGGGCCACAAGAGGCCAAAGGACACUCAUCCUCACAGUGAUGCCCUACUUCCGGGCCAAGAGGAGUAAAUCAAAUGACAAAUGCAGCCCUACUAGAAAGGAGCCUGCAGGGUAAAGAGGUAUCCCUAAGGGCUUCUUAGUCCAACUGCAUUGGAGUCCAGAGUCUUAAGGGGAAAGGGGGUCUCCAUCUGAUCUUAAUUUCCUCUGUACCUGGCCAAGUAAACUGCCAGGUUCUGCCAAAGGCUAGGGCUUUCCCUUGUGAUCAUUUUAAUGCAAAUUAAUGCAUCAGCUAGAAAAGAAAAAUGAGACCUCUCAGGAUAAAGGACUGAGUGGGAGGAAACAUGGUUAAGACUAGAUUAAAAUUUCCAAUUGCUCUAUAACGCGCAGGGGAAAACCAGUCCCAGGUUUUCCCUCAACUUUCCAUAGACUCUUUAUAUUAUAGGGCCUUACCAUGACUUAGCUUCCUCACCUAAGAAAAAAGAGGAAACAACAACAAAAAAGGUAUACCCACAGCUUUCAUGUGCAAAGUGAUUAAUAAAUUAAUUCCACUAACUUCUGCAAAAUAUAAAGUGCAUACAAAUGCUAUGCAAUUAUAACACUCAUUCUUGAAACAGUAUUACUGCUGUUUGCAAUAUUGAACUAUAAAAAUAUAUGGUUCAAACUAAAAACUGGCAUUUUAAAUACCAUUAAUUCUUGAAAGGAAAGAAAACAAUCAGGACAGAACAUGACUUACUCACUAGGCACAACAUUCACAUUUCGGUCAUUUUGCCAAGGCAGUCAUUACAUGGAUAUAUUAUUUUGAAGAAAAAUAACUUCAUGAACUCUAGGUAUGGUUCUUGAAAGGAAAAAAAUACAAAAAACCCUGAUAUACAAAAUCAGCUGAAAUGUAAAGAUUUGUCUUCUGAAAGCAGAUAGAAUUUGUUAAUUUAGUGAAAAGAAAUGGUCUUUAAUGUUUUGGCAAAGUCUUUCCCAGCCCCGAGUAAACACGAAAUGAGCAGGCUGGAAUGAAAGAGUUUCACAGUGUACAAAGCAGUUCACAUGGAUGCUGCCACAGGAAAGUAAGCAGACAUGGAUUUCAGGUCAUUUGCAUUGAGUCAAACUUUGCAAUGAGUAACUCACCUAGGAAGAUAUAAAUUAUUUAUAUAAUGACUUGAAAAAGAAAUCUAAAGUCAUACCAGCUACAUUUUUUUAAAAAGUAGUUCUACGUGGUUUGCUCAUUACAAACAAAUCUAUUCACAGUAUGCUUGACUACAUUACAUGUAAAAUCAUAUGGCAGAAGAAAAAAUGAAUUAACACAGAACAUGGGAAAAUAUCCCCCACAUGUUUUAAAAUGCCCUGCAAAUUUCACAUUCAAAAUUUUAUGCAUCUAAAUCUAAAAAAAUAUUAUAUGGAAUACUCUUAAGUUACACAAACUGAUAAUAAUUUACUGUUUUUUACUCUAAUAGGAGCAAAUUACCACAUACUGAACAAAGUUAAAAUAGUUACUAUUUCUUUAUAAUAAAUUUGAUGUAUAAUUUACUUUACUUGUGCUUUUUGCACCAAUUUAUAAAUACAGUAUAUGCAAUACACAACUGAGACUGACACUGUUAAUAAUUAAAUUCAAAAUAGCAAAUACUUACCAUAGAAAAUAAACAGCAAAUACAUCUUUUAUGAAAACCAGAACCUUCUGGACUUAAGGGGCCAGAUUCUCUGGAAACCAUGUUAAAUUUGAGCACUGUGGAAUCUCAGGCCAGCUGUGAGAUUUUUUUUUUUUUCUCAAGUUAGCACAGGGUUCAGGAGAACAAAACUGGACAGGCAUUUUUGCCAAAUCUGGCAAUGAAUAAUUGUAACAAUUCCACUGUGGUUCAUUUGGGCCUUUAGAAUUUACAUGUUGUACCUUCACAAAGACUCUGGUGAAUGAUCUUGCCACUACUGGCAAGUACAUUGAUCAGUACAGCAACUCCUAGAAGGCUUCCAUGUAUCUUAGCGUGGUUCCCCUAGAAGCCUUGGUGGAAGUUCUUGGUCUAAGAAGUUAAAGUCCUUAUUAGCAACAAUCUGUUUCAGCACCUUUUGACCACAACGAAAGCAAAGAAAAAUCCUACAUAAAUAAGAACAAAGUUUAUAAAGUGCUUAUGAAAUUACAGAUAUUUCAAAUUAGAGCAAUGCAAAUAAAUGUCCAUGUUACCAUCAAAGGUGAAUGCGGAAUAAAGGGGUCACUUUCCUGUCAAGAUCUGACAUGCCUUUUGAAUCAGUAGUUUGGUCCGGCACAGUUUGCCAAAAAAAAAAGAAAAAGAAAAACACCCACACACUUCAUCAUGAAUGAAUACAUAAAUAUUUUAAAUCUAUCAUAAUUCAUUCUUUCUGUAACAAUGAGAUUCCAAAAAAAAAAGCACCAAUUUUCAAAAGGUCUGCUACUAAACUCUUCCUGGAGUAGGCCUGCCUGAACCACACUUUUAAACCUAUUUCGAAGUUGAAUGCAACAACCAAAACACCAAACCACACCUCCUCCUUUGCUUUUU